ACAUCUUUUUUUAAUGUCAUUUCCAUCCAAAUCCAAUCCACAGAGUCAAAGAUUCUAACAAUCCAGACCGGACCUUAAAAACCCCAAAACAUGUAACUUCCUUUAGGUCCUGACCGCAUCGUCAAACGAAAACAAGACAGAAGAAACUCGACAUGGAUUCCGUUUACUUCUUCAAAGGCUAUGACAAAGUAAGCCACCUCGAAAACCAAAACCAUCACCAAAGAAUCACUCAAAGACCUGCCUCAACCGCCAUAACCAUCUCUGCAGUCCUCCUCUUCACUUUGGUCAUCGGCUUAACGCUUGCUCCGUUGAUGCUGAAACCCAUCAAAGAACCCACGGACACAGACCCAAUCAGGACGAUCUGCAACGUGACUAGGUACCCCGAGUCCUGCUUCACAGCUCUGUCUUCUCUCAACGCCUCUACAAAACCUGACCCAGAAACCAUCCUGAGCCUCUCUCUCCAAGUGGCCAUCACCCAUCUCUCGAACCUCUCUUCAUCCUUCAAAUCCCUCAACGAUCUCCAUUUUCAGCCUGCUUUAAAGGACUGUAUAACCUUGUUUGAUGACGCGCUGAACCGAUUCAAUGACUCGGCGUUGGUAAUGAAGGGGGGUUCUGGGAAGGAGCUAGUGUUGACCAAGGAGAAGAUUACUGAUAUCCAGACUUGGAUUAGUGCCGCAAUGUCUGAUCAGGACACGUGCAAUGAUGGGUUGGAAGAGAUGGGAUCGACGGUUGCUGGUAAAGUCAAAUCUCAAGUUCAAAGUUGUAAAGAGUCUAUUAGUAACAGUUUGGCUAUUGUUGCUAAUAUGCAACACCUUCGACAGAAGUUUUGUCGCACUAUGCACUGAAAUGUUCUUUUUUUUUGCUACGUUUGCUUUAAAUUUCUGGUCUUCAUAUGUAGGGUUAUUGUUAUGCAUUUGUAAGGUGUUGCAAAUAUAGAUGUGUAAAAUUUACAGGUUUAAAUUAAUAUAUUUUUUGUUAUUCCAAAAUUAUGUCCUGGAAUUUAUUUCAAUUUGCUGUUGAGAUCUUAUAUCAAUUUUA